UACAGAAUCCUGCCUCGGCUUCCAACGGCAGUAGGCUCAACAUUAAAAGGAAUCAAACACUCAAUCAAAAAACAUAUAUUUGAAAUACAUAUUCACCACUAGGGCUGAAUGAAUCAUGUCCGGUCCGGAGGUAACCCUGGCCGACGUUCAACGUCGUGCUGCCGGCAAUCCUAAUGCAAGGUACCGGGCCUUUGAUACCUAUCCGUGGGCCAAAGACCCGGUGUUCACUGAACAACUUUCAAGUGCUCUGGACAAUGCCAAAUCCAAUGGACUCAGUCUUUCUGAGACUGCUCUACAAGUCCGCAUUCAGCGAUUCGUGCAGCAAACUCAGAUCGAGAUUGACAGCGAGGCGUAUAAGCAAUGGCUUUCUCAAACAAAUUCACAACCACCAAGAAUCAUAUCUGAAGAGGCAGUUGCGGUAGAGGUGAUGACUGUGCCUAAACCCGAAGACAGGAAAUUCGCACAUCUUCUGGUAGAGCUAGGCGAUGCCCUUGGCCAACUUGCUCUUGACCAGGCUGUUCCUGCGCCAGCAGAUGUUCCGGUUCCUAGUUGGCAAAGUGCCGCACCCACAGCAGAGCUCUAUAUCAAGAAGGACUCUUCGUCAACAGAUCCCGGCAAGGAGCCCUAUCCCAAGAAGUUUGAAGAGAUAGUGGCAUUUUUACAGAGUGGCAAGCCAAUUCCAGGAAUUAGACAGAUUCCCGACACGGUUAUUGAGGACCCGGCAUUCACAACUCACGGUCGGCUCGCAGCACCACUGAAACCCUGGGAGAUUGGACGAACGCCUUCAAUUGAGCAUUCCGAACCCUUAGCUAAUGAAACUUGAACAUGUAAGCAUAUUAGGUAGAUGCA